AUUUACAAUUAUAAUCCCUUCACUCGGUUAGGAGGUUGUCACUUUCACCCUCACAAUGGGGCAAUAGGGUUAUUUAUGGCAUACCCUAACCCACCCACGUUACAACUUAAGCCAAAACCUGCUCAUUGUCCCCACUUUUUUUCUAUAAAAAUCCUCCUACUUCAUCCCCUAAACCCUACUUAACAUCUUCACAUUCAUCAUCAUCAAACCCUUCAUUGUUAAUCUUCAUAAGAUCAUAAAAAAUGUGUUCCGCGAAACCAAGAUUGCAACGAAGUGUUAGUGUCUCUGCAACAUCAGGGAAACUAAUCAACCGGCGUCCGGUUCUCCAGCCAACCGGCAAUCAAUUUCCGAGCUUGGAACAAAAAAAGUCUCCUAAAAAAAGCUCCCAAGAAACUAAUGGUCCAACUCCUCUUCCUUCACCACUUCCAACUAAUAAAACUAAGGCCUCACUUUCUCCUCCUAUCUCUCCCAAGUUGCCUUCACCUCGACAGCAUGCGUUUAAGCAAGGUAAAGAUCCCAAUGAGCUGAAUUCUAGUGCUGAGAAGGUUGUAGUGACGCCUCGUUGCGUAACCAAAUCGACAAGUUCGGUGAAAAAGUCGAAGAAAUCUAUUGGUGUUGCACCUUCUGCUGAAAGUGUGUUGAAGAAUAUAUCGCCUUUGAUAGUAGAGGCACCAGGAAGCAUAGCAGCAACAAGGAGGGAGCAAGUAGCAACAAUGCAAGAACAGCGAAAGAUGCGAAUUGCGCAUUACGGAAGAACAAAGUCUGCCAAGUACGAAGGGAAAGUUGUUCCUCUUGAUUCUUCAGCUACAAAUUAUUUCGGUCAAGAGCAAAGGAGAUGCAGUUUCAUCACCCCUAAGUCAGACCCAAUAUAUGUUGCUUACCAUGAUGAAGAAUGGGGAGUUCCUGUCCAUGAUGACAAUGUGUUGCUUGAAUUGCUACUAUUAACUGGUGCUCAAGUGGGAUCGGAUUGGACUUCAGUCCUGAGGAAAAGGGAAGCAUUGAGGGAGGCUUUUUCAGGGUUUGAUGCAGAUGUUGUGGCUAGAUUUAGUGAAAAAAAGAUAACAUCAUUGAGUGCUGAUUCUGGCGUAGAUAUUAGCCUUGUUCGAGGAGUUGUUGACAAUGCUAAGAGAAUUCUUAAGGUAAAGAGGGAAGUGGGAUCAUUUGACGAGUACUUGUGGGGAUUUGUGAAUCACAAGCCAAUAUGUACCCAAUACAAGUCAUGCCACAAGAUUCCUGUGAAGAACUCCAAGUCAGAGGCCAUCAGCAAAGACAUGGUUAGAAGGGGGUUUAGGCAUGUUGGUCCCACUGUAAUUCACUUCUUCAUGCAAGCAGCUGGCCUCACCAAUGACCACUUGACCACCUGCCCAAGACACCCCCACUGCAUCCCUUCACCAUCAUCACCCAAGAUUUGAUCACAGUAGUACAUGGAAAGUUGGAAACACACAUGUUUGCUUAGAUGGCAUGGAAUAGCUAGGAGGAUCCAAAUAAGCUUAUUCUCUAAUUAACUCUAGAUGUUUGCUUUGUAGUUUGUAAUACAGUUGUUGUGUGUAUCAUAUUACGUAGAAAUUCUCUGUACAUGAUGUUUGUUUUUUGUUAAAUGAUGAAUUUUGUAUCGAUAAUGUAAAUUGAUGUUAAUUAUGAACGUUAAUCUUA